GUGUGUUUAAAAAAAAUUUCUGUUUUUUAAAUUUACUCACUGUGAUGAAAAAUUUUCUGAUUUACGGAAAAAAAAUUUUCCGGAUUUUUGAAUUCUUCGUUUGAAAAUCACCAGGCUACUUCGAGGCUGUUCGAGUCCGUCGCUGCCACCAAUUUUAAUUAUAUAUAGUUGUUACGUCCUGGAGUCGUGUCGGCUUGUGAGUUGCCGGCGCGAAUUAUUUGAAUUGGACGUGACUGUAGAUCUUCGGAUACGGGGUAGUUCUCGAAAGCUCGAAAUAACUUGGUCGUGAUUUAAAGAAUAAAUAUGUUUGAUUUAUUCAUAUAAAAUAGAAUAGUCGAAGAAUUUGGAUAAAUAUACACUUGGGUUUACAAUUAUUAUGUGACAAAUAACUUCGUGUCAAAAGAAUAAUAUAAUCGAUUUAAACCGAGAGUUUACUUGCGUGUUAUAAGCCGCACUAUUAUAAUUUCUGGUUGAUGUGAGAGUGUACGAGUGUGAGCUGAGCUGAGAGAGUGAUGCAUUGGGCAUCGGCUUUUUAUAUCUUUACAUGAGCCAACACCCUAGAGAAAAAGUGGGAUAAGGUUUUAGGGCCUUAUUCCCAAAAAGAGGGAGUUCGUUAUCAUCGUUCGACGCGGAUGCUGUUGCGUCAGCAGUCGGACGAUGUUUUUCAAUGUUUUCACUUUUUCGUGGAAAAACUAAUUUCACUUUUUAUAUUCUUUUAACAGUCAUUAUUUGUCGUACAAUUAUUCUUAUCUAUUUUUAUUCAUUAACAUUCUUUUAGAGAAAUUGUCGAUGAUGAAUAAAUAUUAUAAUGCAUUAAAAAUAUCUUAUCUACUUGAUCAUUUUUAAGUGCAUACUUAUUAAUAUUUAUUAUAAAGAAAAUAUAUUAUUAUUCUAUUAUUUAAAUAUAUCGAUUUGGCGGGUCUCAGGUCGGUCUAUUAUUAUUUAAGAUUUAAAAAUUGGCAGAGCCAUCUGAUGAGCAGGCUGGGACGUAACAAUUACAACAUAAUGAAUAACUUGAAAUAAUAGGGACUCAAAUUUUAAAAGCCUACUUUUUAUCAAUACCUGAUAAGGAUAAUUUUAAAAAAAUAUUUGUAAUCUAUAAAUUCUCGUAUAAGCAUAAACUUAGAAUAAUUAAGUAUUUAUUUUUAUUAAUAGAAAAUAUGAAAAACAUCGUUUUAAAAGUUAUAAUUCCAAGAAAUAACAAAUACUCAAUAAGCAAAGAUUCUAAAAAUUGCAUUAAAAUCACUAUUCACUGAUAAGAGUAUAGAAAUAAAAUUUAAUAGAAGAAGUUGUAGGUGAGGUAAGCAGAAGGAAGAAUGACAGGUAAUACAGAACAAAUUUUUUUUUUUUUAUGAAAUAUAUUUUGAUUCACUGACCAUGUACUUUAUUCGAGUUAUAAUAUGAUUAUAAAAUUUUUUUAAGAUUAAGUCAUAAUAGCAAUUUUUUAUUAGAAACAAUCUGAUACUCUAUACCAUAUGUCUAGUACCUACGUAAUAGUCAUUACCUUUUAUACACCCUCGCGGUUUUGGAAAUACCGAAAUAAUACCGGAAUUAUACGGUAUAAAUACUGCAUAAAUAUGGUAUUAUUCAAGUUAUUUUGGCCAGUUUUUUGGGUGCCAUUAGUUCGUCCUAACGGACAUGUUAUACAACGUACUACUCUGGCAAAAACGACAUCUAGAAAUCGUGACAAAAGUACCAACGCAACAUCUGGAAAUCGCGACAUUCGUCCAGCGUGACAUUUGGAUCGUUACACUGUACGUAAAAUGUGACACUCAUGCAAGUGCGACGUCUGAAAAAAACGACAUCUAGACAAGUCGACAAUGUUGCAAACGUGACAUUUGAAAAACUCACCAAUCUGAAAAUGGGACAUUUGACAAACACGACAGUCAAGCCAACGAUAAAUGUGGUAAAGUCGACAAAUAUGUUAUGUGACGUUUAGAAAUAUGGACAUCUUUGCACAAGGACAAUUGUACAUUGUGACAAUUGUAAAAUUUGACUUUUGGAAAUGUUACCACUCACUUACAAGCGACAUAUGGAUAACGUGACAGUUGAACAUAGUGACACUUGUGAAAAGGUACAUUCGGAAAAAUAAUUAUUUCUACUUACCAGCAAUGAAUUUAUAAGAAAUCCGUAGAUAAAGUAGAUUUCUUAUGGUAAUGAAACAUGGAAAGAGAGAGGACAUACAUUUUAAAUAAAACUCUAACUAAUGCAGCCAAAAAAUUAUUUUAAUAUGUUUAAUAAAUUUUAGGAUAAAACAAUCCAAUUGAAAAUAUUAAAUUAAAUUUAUUUAUCAUUAUCACUAACUCAAAUUGAUAUUAUUCUACGUACAUAAUAAAAUGCUAUACAAAUAAUGUUAAUUAAAAAUAAUCUCGUAAUAUAAAUUUUUUUGUACCUAAUUGAAUUUAUGAAAUCAAACUUACUUACCAUGCUCUUAUACCAGCUAUAUUCUGAGUACACUAUCUAAUUCUAUAAAAAUAAGAAUAAUUAGGAUAUCUUAUCACUAAUAGCUAGGACUCUUGGUGAUUUUCGAAACGGAUAUUCUUCCGAUGAUGACACCAACAUGGAUUCAGAAAAUGAAGUGAUUGCAGAUGUUGAUACUGGUAAUUCCGAUGAUGAGACUAAUGGAGAUGUAGAUAAUGAAGCUGCAGCUGUUACUUCUAGCAAUCCCGAUGAUGUUACUUACAUGGAUUCAAAUAAUGAUAUUGAUAAUGAUUCGGAAGAAUCCGAGGCUGACACUAUCAUUCUCGAUUUUGAUGACUAUUCUCAUGGCAAUGUUCCUAAUCCCGACCUAAAUGGUGCUGAUGUUGCCUGCAGUUUACGGCGCGACGCGGUUACACCUGCGGACUUGAACAACGCUAUCAGAAGUGAAGAAUGUAUGACUUACAUGGCCGCUGUUCCGAACGUCUACUACAAGCCCUGUGGGCACUAUACUUUUUGCGAAGCCUGUCAUAAGAAGAUGUUGAAUGAUGUGCUAACCGAGGGUGGUGAUUUCAUAUGUCAAAUGUGUCAUCAGUAUGUAAACGAAGUUUUUAUUAUUUAAAAAAACUUUUAAAAACGGUGUCAAAGAUGGUCUUCAGCAAGGUUUUAUAAAAAAAAGAAAUUUCGUUUUGAGGGUACUCUCAGACACUGCCCCUUCCCUAUUUCGAAAAAAUAUUCAAUGACUUUUCACUUUCAUAAGCGUAUCAAAAUUUUAUUAACAAUUGGAAUAAAAAUUAAACAAUAAAUUAAAAAAAAAGACAAUGUAGUUUAUAACAAGGUGUAUCUCAACCUUGCCAAGUUUGGCCCCUUUAUUAAUUGAUGUUAAUAAGGGCGCCACUGGAAGAUAAGACUCGGCCUUCCAGAACCGGAGAUGUUAUAAUUUAUAAAUCAGGGUCGUUGAAAAUAUAUAAGAGUGAGGAGAUUGAGGGAUUAAAUUAAUUUUUACACACAAUUCAAAUCAAUAUAAUUUUAAAUUUUAUUUACCGAAUCACAAUUAUACCCACCGGGCUUUUAUUUUACUUAUAACUAAUUAUAACAAUAUUGUCCACCGGACUUUUAUUCUUAACACUAAUAAUUAAAAUUUUGUCCACCGGACUUUUAUUAAUUAUACGAAUUAGUCCCCUGGACUUUUACACGAAAUGGCCACCGGCCUGAUCCCCUGGAUCUUUUAUUAUAUACGACGAAUGAGUCCCCUGGACUUUUAUACGAAUUGGCCACCGGCCUGAUCCCCUGGAUCUUAAUUGAACGACGACGAGUCCCCUGGACUUUUUAUAACGAAAUGGCCACCGGCCUGAUCCCCUGGAUCUUAUUUAAAUAAACGACUCCCCUGGACUUUUAUACGAAAUGGCCACCGGCCUGAUCCCCUGGAUCUUAAUAAAAUUAAAAUUUAGUCCCCUGGACUUUCACGAAUAUGGCCACCGGCCUGAUCCCCUGGAUCAAAUUAUUUAAAACAAUUUGGCAACUUGCCAGAUCCCCUGGAUCUAUUAUUUUAAAACGUUUCCACAGGAAACUUAAUUUUUUCUCUCACACACACACACGUUUUACAUUCGAGUCCCCAGGACUGUAUUCACACUCACACACACGUUUACAAUGUAUGAUUUUCCCGAUUAUUUUACACGCACAAUUUUAUUUAAUCUCGAUUUUAUUUAUGUGUCCACUGGACUAAAUUUCUAUCCGUAAUUUUUAAUGAUUCUACAAUUUUAUAACGACACUUUAUCAACAUGACAAUUUUAUAUACUUUCAGUUUUUCGAAUAUCAAGUUGUUGAGUAAGAAUUUACUGACACCGAAAAACUGCCGCCAACGACUGACGCUAUCUCUCUUUUAUCCAUUUACAACUAGUCUUCACGUUAAUAACAAAUUUGUACAACAAGAACUGAUUUCCAUUACUAAUAAAUUUAAUUACUUAUAUCCUUAUUCUUUUAUCACUAAUUUCACUGCACUUUUAAUUUUCCUUUAAUUUUCGGUUUUGUAAAUUUUAUAUUUUAUAUUUUUCUUAUUAAAUAAAAUUGAUUAAUUUAUAGUAUAACAAUUCCUUAAUGACUAGAUUUAUUAUUUAUAAUUUCUGGCUCUCCUGCCGAGAAAUUUUCAGACGGACCGCGUGUAAAUUUAUUUUGAAUACUGUUCUUCUUGCCGACAAUUUAUAUUUUAAUCCAAUCGGAAAUGGCGACUGCUCACGAAUUAUUUAAUUAUUAUUAAUUAAUUAGUUACUUAAUAAUUUGUGGCAACCGGCCGACAAUUGGUUUACCUCUCCUUAAAUUUUUCCAGCGAUCGUGGCGUCCCUUUUUAUAACAGCCUUCCUGCCGAUUUCCGUUGAUUUGGUUCUUUCCUCCAACUUCUCUUGCUGUUCACGUGUGGUCACUCGUCCGUGUCUUCUGCCGGUCCGUCCGACUGUGUCCGUUUUCACUCUUGUCACUCACUUAUCAAAUCUAAGUUCGCGAUCAUUCGGCCCUUAUCGGAAAAUCCACCACUCCAACUUAUUUCCUUAUUGGGUCUUGGGGACGAGCCCCUUAAAUUAGCGCGCCCGGCGACAAGUCGAUAAAAUAGUAACGCAUAUGGGGUACUAUGGGUAAUUAAUCAACCGCGGGAAGUCAUGUUGAUUUAAAGUUGUAAUUUUAAAUAUUUACCCCGUUACAAGUUGCAAUUUCAUUGUCAUGUGGAAUUCAAAUAAAACAACUUAUAGUUUACAUCAAUUGGGAGUUAAACGAAAUUUGUUGAAUGAAUUUCAGUAAACUCUUUAUGUAAAUUUGAUAAUUCUAAUUGUUUAAAUUUUUAGGCUAAAUAUUAUUCAACGAAUUUCGUUUAACUUUAAUUGAUAACAUCUGUUAGUAAUUUUUUUGAAUUCUACAUCUCAGCAAAAUUGCAACUACGUUGACCUUCUUUUUAAUUAAGGCUUGAUUUUUUUUUCUCAUUAAUUGAUUAAAUUUUGACACGCUUUGACAGUUAAGGGCAUUUCAGACAGUGCCCCCCACUUCAAAAAUUUCAAUGGCUUUCAACUGCCAUAACCGUAUUAAAAUUUUAUUAAUUAAUUAAAAAAAAAAAUUAAAACCUUAAUUGAAAAAAGGAGAACGUAGUCGUAAUUUCACCGAGGUAUAGAAUUUUUUAAAAAUUACUUGCAAUUGAUAUCAAUCAGGAGUUAAACGAAAUUUGUUGAAUAAAUUUUAGCCUAGAAAAUUUGAAAAUUCAAAUUAUAAAAUUAACAUGAAGAUUAUACUGAAAUUUAUUUUACAAAUUUCGUUCAGCUUCCAAUUGAUAUCAACUGCAAAUGUUUUUUUUUAAAUCUAUAUCUUAGUGAAAUUACGAUUACGUUCUCCUUUUUUCAAUUAAGGUUUUAAUUUUUUUUUAAUUAAUUACUAAAAUUUUAACAUGGUUAUAACAGUUCAAAGCCAUUGAAAUUUUUGAAGAAGUGGGGGGCACUGUCUAGGCAUGACCUUAAAAGUUAUUGAAUAUUUCCAAAAGGGGAGGGGGAGCUGUCUGAGUUUGGCCUUAAAAAGCGAAAUAACAUGACUCUAAUGAAGAUUAAAAAUUAUAUACUAAGUAAUAAAAUUUUAUACUAACUUUACUAGAUAAAUUAUCUAAAUAUUGAAAGUAAAAAUUUUUUUUUAUAUUGUCAGGUUUUCUAU